GACGCCAUUUUGGCCCCAGAGGUGCUUCUGGGAAGUUGCGCGCGGAGCCUCACUUUGCCGGCCUGUGAGGUACGGCCCUUGCUGGUAGCUGGGGUUUCCAGGGCGAAGCGUCUUUGCCUGCCGCUGCCGACUUCUCCGGACUCUGGGACCAGGCAGAAGCGCGGCGCCGCCGAGGGAGGUCACCCCGCCAGGAAGGACGUGACGGGGGCGGCGCGUGUCGCGGACACUCCCCGCCGAGAGCCCGCCUGCCAUGGACUCGGAGUACUACAGCGGUGACCAGUCAGCAGAUGAUGGUGGUGCUACCCCAGUACAGGACGAGCGGGAUUCAGGAUCAGAUGAUGAGGAUGAUGUAAAUGAGCAGCACUCUGGAUCUGACAUUGGAAGUAUAGACCGGCAUUCAGAGAAUGAAACUAGUGAUCGAGAAGAUGGCUUGAACAAGAGACAUAAUGGAACAGACUCUGAGAAUGAUAAGCCCUCCAAUCUUAAUGCCAGUGACUCGGAAAGUGAGGAACUUCACAGGCCAAAAGACAGUGACUCUGAAUCUGAGGAGCAUGCAGAGUCUCCUGCCAGUGACUCUGAAAACGAAGAUGUCAACCAGCAUGGGAGUGACUCUGAAAAUGAAGAGCUUCUUAAUGGGCAUGCAAGUGACUCCGAAAAGGAAGAGGUUAGAAAACCUACUGCCAGUGACUCUGAAGCUGAGGACACUCUGCAGCCUCAGGUCAGCGAGUCUGACAACGAAGAUCCCCCAAGACCCCAGGCCAGUGACUCAGAAAAUGAGGAGCCUCCCAAACCUCGGAUCAGUGAUUCAGAAAGUGAGGAGCUCCCCAAACCUCGGAUCAGUGACUCAGAAAGUGAGGAUCCUUCAAGGCCACAGGCCAGUGACUCGGAAAGCGAGGAGCUCCCCAAACCCCGAGUCAGCGACUCGGAAAGUGAGGAUCCUCCAAGGCCACAAGCCAGUGACUCGGAAAGCGAGGAGCUCCCCAAACCCCGAGUCAGCGACUCGGAAAGUGAGGAUCCUCCAAGGCCACAGGCCAGUGACUCGGAAAGCGAGGAGCUCCCCAAACCCCGAGUCAGCGACUCGGAAAGCGAGGAGCCUCAGAAAGGACCUGCUAGUGAUUCGGAAGCUGAGGAUGUCUCCAGACACAAAGACAAGCCCGAGUCAGAUGAUAGUGAUGGAGAGAGUAAGAGGGAAGAUUCGGAAAUGCAGAAUGAGUCAGAGGGCCAUACAGACAGAAAAAGACUCCACAGCUCUGACAGUGAGGAGGAAGGACCGAAAAGGCAGAAAAUGGACAGUGAUGAAGAUGAAGAAAAGGAGGGAGAUGAGGAGAAAGUAGCAAAGCGGAAGGCUGCUGUGCUCUCUGAUAGUGAAGAUGAAGAAAAAGCAUCGGCAAAGAAGAGUCGAGUUGUCUCUGAUGCUGACGACUCUGAUAGUGAUGUUGUAUCAGACAAAUCAAGUAAAAGAGAGAAGACAGUAGCAUCUGACAGUGAAGAGGACGUGGGGAAAGAAGAAUCGUCUGUAAAGAAGAGUGAAGAGAAGGAUCUGUUUGGGAGUGAUAGUGAAUCAGGCAAUGAGGAAGAAAAUCUUAUUGCAGAUAUAUUUGGAGAAUCUGGUGAUGAAGAAGAAGAGGAAUUUACAGGAUUUAACCAAGAAGAUUUGGAGGAAGAGAAGAGUGAAACACAGCUAAAAGAAGCGGAAGAUUCCGACUCUGAUGAUAACAUAAAGAGAGGAAAGCAUAUGGACUUCCUGUCGGAUUUUGAGAUGAUGUUACAACGGAAAAAGAACAUGUGUGGCAAACGCAGACGAAAUCGAGAUGGGGGCACUUUUAUUAGUGAUGCAGAUGACGUUGUGAGUGCCAUGAUCGUAAAGAUGAAUGAAGCUGCAGAGGAAGACAGGCAAUUGAAUAAUCAAAAAAAGCCAGCACUGAAAAAGUUAACUUUAUUGCCGACUGUGGUUAUGCACCUUAAAAAGCAGGACCUUAAAGAAACAUUUAUUGACAGUGGUGUGAUGUCAGCCAUCAAAGAAUGGCUCUCACCUCUACCAGACAGGAGUUUGCCUGCACUGAAGAUUCGGGAGGAGCUGUUGAAGAUUCUGCAAGAGCUACCUAGUGUGAGCCAGGAGACCCUGAAGCAUAGUGGGAUUGGACGAGCAGUGAUGUAUCUGUAUAAACACCCCAAGGAAUCAAGGUCCAACAAGGAUAUGGCAGGGAAAUUAAUCAACGAGUGGUCUCGGCCUAUAUUUGGUCUCACCUCAAACUAUAAAGGAAUGACAAGAGAAGAAAGGGAGCAGAGGGAUCUAGAGCAAAUGCCUCAGCGACGGAGACUGAGCAGCACUGGUGGUCAGACACCGCGAAGAGACUUGGAGAAGGUGCUGACAGGAGAGGAAAAGGCUCUUAGACCUGGAGAUCCUGGCUUCUGUGCCCGCGCUAGAGUUCCAAUGCCAUCAAACAAGGACUAUGUCGUCAGGCCCAAGUGGAAUGUAGAAAUGGAGUCAUCCAGGGAGCUUCCCUGGGAGAUGGAAUGUGUCAACCUCAGAGGAAACUGCUACACAACACCCAUAAAUCUGGGGCAUUUAAAUACUUGGUCUGCAGUUGGUGGCUGUUUGUGGAAGGUUAAGAAGUGUGACCUUGCUGGAAGUAUAUUACUGGAGGUGGGCUUUGAGGUUUCAAAGGACUUGUGACAUUUUGAGUUACCACCUUCUGUUUGCUGCUCAUCGUUCAAGAUGCACGCUUUCAGCUGCUCCUCAUGCCUGUCACCUGCUGUCCUCAGUCUGUUAUCAUGGAUUCCAACCCUCUGAAACCGUAAGCCCAAAAUAAACCACCUACAAGCUGCCUUGGUCAUGGUGUUUUAUCACAAUAGAAAAGUAAUGUAGAAGUUGGUACCAGGAGUGGGGUACUACUGUGAUAGACUUGACCAUGUGGUUCGGGGAGCAAUGUGGAAGCCUUUGGAACUCUGGACUGGAAAAGCCAUUGGAUGCUGUAAGCAGAGCUUAAUGGGCCAUUCUAAUAGGAACUUUCUAGAAAGUACUGAAAGUAGCAUGAGCUAUAGUGGCCUAGCUCACAAGUUCUCAGAGGGGAACAAUAUAAGCAACUGAACUGGAGACCAUUCUUUUAAUAUUUGGCAAAGAAUAUGGUGGCCUUCUGCCCUUUUUGUAAGAACUUGCCUGAGGUUAAAUUUAAAAGUAAUAGACUAGUAUCUUUGGCAGAAGAGAUUUCAAAACAGCCUAAUAAACUAACUGUUUUGUGGUUAUUAGAAAUUAUUUUUUUGCAGGUCUACAAUGAAGAGCAAAUAGGGCAGAAAGAAAUACAAAAUGUAGAGCUUGGAGAGGAAAAGGAUACUGGCAAAGUUAAUUUUACAGCCAAGGCUUGUGCUGGAAGACAGACUGUAACUGUUAAGGGAGGCCAAAUCUGCGUUGGAAUGGAUGCCCUCUUGCCAAGACCCCACUCAGCUGAACUUCCAACUUGUGAAAGGAAAAGACCUAAGGAAUUAACAAAAUGUCAGUGUCAGCCAUCAAGUUCUGGCUUAGAGUCAUGAAGGACACACAUGUAAAGGAGUUGUGGAAUCUGCCUCCACAGUCGAGGAGAGCUACUGGGGCCAGGCAUGUGGAAGUCAAGUGUGAAUUGCAUGAAGACCACAAGAUGUUAGAGGUGCCAGAGCCAAGGCAUAUCUGCCAAGGAGAGCUUCAUACAAAAAGUAGAACCCACCCUGAGAAAGAAAGAUCUGUCUUAGAGGCAGCAAAGCCAAAAGGGGCGGGCCAUUUAAGCCCUUUGACAUCAGACAUGGAGCUACAGGAUUUGGAGGUUUGCCCUGCUGUGUUUUGGCCUUCCUUUGGUACAGUAUUUCUUCACUAUGCUAUGAUUCCUCAAUUUUGGAAUGGUAAUAUAUAUUCUGUGCCAUUGUAUGUUGGAAGUAUGUAAUUGCUUUUGAUUUGGCAGGGGAUUCCAAUUAAAAAAUUUCCUUGAGUCUCAGAGACUUUGGACUUUUAAAGUGUGUUGAGACUGGAAGACUAUGGGGACUUUUGAAGUUUGCAUUUUGCACUAAAUGCAUUUUGCACUAUGAUGUGGCCAUAAGCCUGUAUGUGCCAUGGAGUGGAAUGUGGUGAUUUGAAUGAGAUGUCCCCCAGAAGCUGAAGGCAUUUGAAUACUUGGUCCACAGUUGGUGGCUCUAGAGUUAGGAGGUGUGGCCUUCCUGGAAGAAGUAUAGCACUGGGGUGGGCUUUGAGGUUUCAGAAGAUUGAUGCCAUUUUGAGUUAGUUCUCUCUUGUUUCCUGU